ACAAGCUGAAAAAGGAAAAAGAGUAAAGUAGUAGAAGAUGGUAGGAGGGAGAGGAUUGGAGUUGGAGAGAGACUAGCCGUUAGACUUCUUCAGCGACUGGCUAUCAGUUGGAGUAGAGUCUUCAAAGGACGAAGGAGUAACAACGCGACCGCUUGGUGUCUUAUGAGGAAAUACACUGGAGUGAACGACCGCUCAUCACUUAGAUUUGGGAAGAAAAUUUCUGAGGAAGAAAAUUUUGUCGAUCAGCAUGCUUGAUGAUAGAGAGAAGUUCGAAAUGGCCGUUAUUUUCAUGUCAUGAACUAUUAUUGAAAGUGAAUAACCAUCAUUUGUGAGUUCACGUGACCAAUAAGUUAGUUGCCGUUAGAAAGUUGCGACGAUUUUCGUAACAGAUACGUGAUAUUCAUGACAAUUUUUGACACUUGCAACAGCUCAGUUGACGCUCCGAGUUCACUCCACUGACAACUUGGAGGGUACAAGUGUUUUCUCAGUUGCAACAUAGUUUCAGUCAUAGGCCACGAUGAGUAGCGGCCUGGUGAUGCCGGGGGUGGCGGGGGCGGCGGCGGCAGCAGUGAGCACCGCCUCCAGUGUGGCGUGGUUCGCACCGCUCCUGGUGGCGGCACUCGCCUACUUCCACUAUGAGCUGCUCGACCCGGAGUCCCGCCCCAUCGACGUCGACACGCCCCUUCUCUAUCACGAGUAUGACUUCAUUAUAGUCGGCGCCGGAUCUGCUGGUAAUGUGCUUGCCAACCGACUCACGGAAACAGAUUACAGGGUUUUGUUGCUUGAAGCUGGUGGAGACGAGACUGAAAUAUCAGAUGUGCCUCUUCUUGCUGCCUACUUGCAGUUGAGCCAACUUGAUUGGAAAUUCAAGACUGAACCUCAAGGCACUGCAUGUUUAGCGAUGAAGAAUAAUCGGUGUAAUUGGCCGAGAGGGAAAGUGAUAGGUGGCUCGAGUGUGCUGAACUACAUGCUUUACGUGAGAGGCAACAAGAAAGACUACGACCUGUGGGAGUCGUACGGCAACCCAGGCUGGGGGUCGGAGGAGGCGCUCUACUACUUCAAGAAGUCAGAGGACAACCGCAACCCGUACCUGGCGCGUACACCGUACCACUCGACAGGAGGCUACCUGACGGUGCAGGAGGCCCCGUGGCACACGCCACUGGCCAAGGCCUUCCUGGAGGCAGGCCGCGAGAUGGGCUACGAGACGAGGGACAUCAACGGCGAACGCCAGACCGGUUUCAUGAUUGCGCAGGGCACGGUGCGUCGCGGCGCACGCUGCAGCACCGGCAAGGCCUUCCUGCGCCCCGCGCGUCUGCGCAAGAACCUGCACGUCGCCAUGAACGCGCACGUCACGCGCAUUCUAAUCGACCCGCUCACCAAGACCGCCUACGGAGUCGAGUUCUUCAGGGACGACGCCAAGCACACCAUUCGUGCCAGGAAGGAGGUGAUCGUCAGUGGCGGGGCUGUCGGCUCCCCUCAUCUGCUCAUGCUGUCUGGGAUCGGACCCAAGGACCAUCUCACAAAACACAACAUUCCUGUCAUUCAGGACUUGAAAGUAGGCCAAAACUUGCAAGACCAUAUGGGGUUUGGAGGAAUGGUGUUCCAUGUGAACGAGGAGGUGUCACUUGUACAGAAACGGUACGAGAGUGUCAAAGCCAUCCUCCAGUAUGCUACUCUCGGCGAUGGACCGUUGACGGUUCUUGGAGGAGUUGAAGGUUUAGCAUUCAUAAAUACCAAGUACGCCAAUGUGACAGAUGAUUUUCCCGACAUAGAGUUUCACUUUGUGUCCGGUUCUGUCAACUCUGAUGGAGGUCACCAGCUGAGGAAAGCACAUGGAUUGAAGGACAGUUUCUACAAGGAAGUCUACGAGCCUAUCGAGAACAAAGACGUGUGGUCAGCUGUACCCAUGCUACUGCGUCCGCGAAGCAAGGGAUAUUUAGAGCUGCGAAGCUCCAAUCCUUUCGACUAUCCACUCAUCUAUCCGAACUACUUUUUCGACGACCACGAUAUGAAGACGAUGAUAGAGGGCGCGAAGAUUGCAUUAGCGAUGAGUAGAACGAAAGCGUUCCAGAAGUUCGGCAGCAAAAUGCACAACAUCCGAUACCCGGCCUGUCGCCACAUCAUGGUCUACACUGACAAGUACUGGGAGUGCAUGAUUAGGCAUUACUCGAUCACCAUCUACCACCCGAUCGGCACCUGCAAGAUGGGCCCCUACUGGGACCCUGAGGCCGUCGUCGACCCCCAACUCAAGGUCUACGGCAUCAAGGGGCUGCGGGUGGUUGAUGCUUCCAUCAUGCCUACUAUGGUCAGUGGAAAUACUAACGCGCCAGUCAUUAUGAUUGCCGAAAAAGCAGCUGAUCUAAUAAAAGAGGAAUGGCUUGCUGGCAAUGACAGUCAAAUCGAGAACGAGAGGAAAUAGUGAGCUAACAGGGCUUCCUAUCUACUAGCUAGUACUACCUAUUCUACAGAGUGACCCACUGAAGGUGUAACAGCCGAGUACCAUAGAUUCCACAUGAAAUUUGCAACAAAAAAUGUCCAGUAAAAUUUUCUUAUAUCGACCUUAGUUUCCGAGUUAUAUAGAUUUUUAUAAAAAAUAAUUAUAGCACCCUUUGAAAUUAAUGAAAUAAUAGAUUAAGAAUAUUAUAAAUAGAAGAAAGUAGCCCUGAAUUCAUACAUUUUAAUAAGAUUUUUAUAUAUUUUUGAAAAACGUCAAUAACUAGAAGACCAUCAGUGAAAAUCUUAUGAAUAUGGUUGGAAAGGGGAAAAAAUUUCCAAUAAGAUUCAUAUAAUUUGUUCUUUUGUUUGACGUUUUUAUGAGUUGAAGAAAGUACAUUCGUCUAGUUCCACGCCAAAUUUCAAACAGUUUGAACACGCUCAUAAAAAGGUCAAAAACGUCAAACAACAGAACAAAUUGUAUGAAUCUUAUUGGAAAUGUUUUUCUCUUUCCAACCAUAUCCUCAGAAUUAGAUUUUGACUGAUAGUUUUCCAAUUACUGACGUUUUUCAAAAAUAUCGAAAACUAAGGUCGAUAUAAGGUAGUUUUACUAAACAUAUUUUGAUGCAAAUUCCAUGUAGAAUCUAUGGUUUUCAGCGGUUACACAUUCAGUGGGAUACUCUGUAUUCUGCACAGGAAGUCCUGGAGCAAAACGAAUAGCUAUUAAUAAUAAUACAAAAAAGUGGAGAAGGCUAAUGUGCAAUGACAUCAUAAUCAUUGUCAGCCAAAGAAAAUGCCAAAGAGUAGAUAAAUAGGACGACAAUGGCACUUGGUGAAUUUCAAUAGUUGCGACGUGCUAAAUUACUCUAUCGUGUUUAUUGCAAUGUUUGACUAGCAGUCAAAUUUAUAGUGACCUUUGAAAAGCGAGACUGAAAGGAAGAGCAUCGACAAUAACAUAUGAUAAACUUGGAUAAACACUCAGAAAAAAACAGUAGAAAUGAGUGAUAACUUGUGAAAUAUAGAUUAUAAAACUAUCAAUUGUUAAUCUAUGUACAUAAUUGAUAUAAUACUAUGAUUAUUUCCUUUAUCUUAUCAACAGUGAAUACAGUACCUAAUCAAGAACAUUCUUGAUAACUUAAUAAUAUUUGAUUAAUCUAAUCAUUCGUGAAUAGAGUAGGUACCUAAUAUUCUUCAAAAUAGUAAACAGCUAUUUCACAAUAAAAAGUAAACUACUGUAUAUUUAGAGAUGAGCAGAACAUUUGAGAAGUUAAUAAAUGUGGUCUUGUAUAAAUUAGCUCUAAGUAAAUGAACAUUUGAGUAGAAUAAGAUUAGCGGUAUUAAUAUAUUCAUCAUCAGAACAAUUUUGGUUAUUGCUUGACUGAACCCCAUUGUUCAGUUGAACUUCAUUAAAAUAACCAAAGUAAAUAAUAGCCUUUCAAUAAGUAGAAUCAAGGGUCGAAAUGAUACCGCUGUGAAAAUGAAUGACAACUUUAGAAUUUAAAAUACGAUACCGGUGAGUAAAUUUCAAUUUGUAAAAAAUGCAUAAGAAUAGAAUUUGGAUUUAACAAAAGCUUGGAACACUCCAUGUUCAAUUAUAUAUAAAAUUGCAUGAAAAAAGAUAAUAUAAUAUACUAUAGAUUAUGAAAAUAAAAAUUGAAUGUGAAAUUAUUGUGCUAUACGUGCAAAUAGAAUAGCUUUUGAUUCAAUUUUGAAUAAGUUAUAAAGUUGAAUCUUCUUUUAAUGUUUAUAACUAUAUCAUUGUGUAUUAAUAAAGACUGGUAUUGAUUUGUA